AUGGGAGCCUCUGAGAGUUGCGGAGGAGCCAGCGAGGAUUCGGAGAAAUUGAGGGCUGGAGUUAAGUCCGCACCUGCGUCUCUUACAGCGACACCAGUGUCUGCCCCACAGUUCACGCCCUACAUUGCUGUGGUGUUGGUGUUGUGCUGCCGCACAGCAGUCUCCCACAUCUCUCUCAUUAUCACUGUGCUUUUCCUCCUUCCCCUCCCUCCCCUCUCCCGCUCUAGCUCUGCACCGCACCUGCCUCUCCUACACCCACGUCUGCCCCACGUCUGCCCCACGUCUGCCCCACUGCGCAGUCUCGUCCCCGCAACAGCGCAGGCGCACUGCUCACCCGUUUGGUGCUCACCUCUCCCCUUCCCCAUACUCUCUCCAUUCCCACCACCCCUCCCAGCUCCGCACUUGCUUCUCCUACACCAUUGUCUCCCCCAUGGUUUCCUGCCCCUACAGUCUGCGCACCUGCCUCUUCCACCCCCACGGCACGGGUGCGCUGUUCACCCCUGCAACACGCCAGCGAUUGCUGAUGUGGCGGAGGUGUGCGAGAAGCUGCAUGCGACGCUGGGCGGAGCUGCUGGGUGCCCCGUGGCGGUUUUCUUUUUAAGAGACGAGCGCAGCACUGUAGAGGCUGCUGCUGACGUGGUGGUGGUGGUCCGCGAGAGGAAACCCCUCCUGCCACCACCACCUGCCACACCUCAGCAGGUACCACAUUCACCCCCCCUGCACCAAAUGCAGCAGGCAACAGCAGCGUGGUAUCAGUGGCAUGGAGGGGGGAGAGACAGUGCCAUGGGAGUGGAUGACAGGGCGUGGGGAACAGAAGUAGUAGCCCCUCUGCCCUCGCCACAUCUCCCAUCAUUUGCGCCGCAACGCCAUGCGGAUGUUGGGGGCAUGCGGAUGUUGGGGGCAUGCGGAUGUUGGGGGCAUGCGGAUGUUGGGGGCAUGCGGAUGUUGGGGGCAUGCGGAUGUUGGGGGCAUGCGGAUGUUGGGGGCAUGCGGAUGUUGGGGGCAUGCGGAUGUUGGGGGCAUGCGGGUGUUGGGGGCAUGCGGAUGUUGGGGGCAUGCGGAUGUUGGGGGCAUGCGGAUGUUGGGGGCAUGCGGAUGUUGGGGGCAUGCGGAUGUUGGGGGCAUGCGGAUGUUGGGGGCAUGGGCAGAACCACGAUGGCUGGAAGUAAGCAUUCGACACCAUAA